AUGUUUUUCCUCGACAAAUUUCUCCAAGGUCUCAAACCCCAAUUUGACGACGAUGUUGUAGACAGACUUAAUUAUUACUAUACUCCAAUGCUUUUUAUUGUUUUUGCUUUAACACUUUCUGCUAAACAAUAUGUUGGGCAACCAAUUCAAUGUUGGAUUCCAGCACAAUUUACGGGUGCUUGGGAACAAUAUAGCGAGAAUUACUGUUUUGUUCAAAAUACUUAUUUUCUUCCCUUGAAUCAUUACAUUCCACAGGACAUUGAACAGAGAGAAGAAAGAGAAAUUGGAUAUUACCAAUGGGUGCCAUUCGUAUUAGGACUACAAGGAAUGUUAUUUUAUCUGCCAUCACUUGUCUGGAGAAUUUUUAAUUGGCAAUCAGGUGUGGCAGUCAAAGGAAUAAUCCAAAUGUGUGAAGAUGUAGGUAACAUGCAAGUAGACAAAAGAAAAGGCUCGGUUGAGAUAGCAGCAACACACAUUAGAGAUUCAUUGCGGAUGCAACAACAAUUCUCCAAAGGAUUCAUUUUUGCUGGUCUCUUUCGUCGUGGCACUUAUUUAAAUUGUUUAUAUUUGGUUGUAAAAGUUUUAUAUUUACUACAAAUUGUUUGCCAAUUUGUUAUUUUAAACAAUUUUCUUGGAUCUUCAUAUACUUUUUGGGGAUUUGAAAUUUUAAGAGAUUUGGCAAUGGGGCUGGAAUGGCAUGAAAGUGGACAUUUUCCGAGGUUUUUAGUUAAAGAAUAUUGA